UCAAUGGCUUUUGCUCAGGAAGACCUCGAUUUGGUGCUUGUGCCAAUUGGGUUGCUGCUCAUGUUGGCUUACAAUCUCUUCUUCCUCUACAGAUACCUUCACUUCCCCAAAACGACAGUGAUGGGCGUCGAAAACGACGACAAAAGGGCUUGGGUCGAAGCAAUCUUGCAGGGAAACGUCGACGAGCGAGCGAUCGGAGUGAACGUCGUCACGUCGAAUGUAUCCGCUGCUACCUUCUUCGCCUCAGUGUGCCUGACCCUCUGUUCUCUCCUCGGCGCGUGGAUCGCCAACUUGCCCUCCUCCUCGAACAUCUUCCACGCCGUCCUCCUCUUCGGUGACCCGAAGCCGUCGACUGCGGCAAUCAAGUACCUCUGCCUCCUCCUUUGCUUCCUCGUGUCCUUCGCCUGCUUCCUCCAGUCGGCUAGGCACCACGUCCACGCGAGCUACCUGAUCACCACUCCCGGGUCUCUAAUCGACCCUGAGGACGUCAAGGUGGUGGUCAUACGAGGGGGCGAGUUCUGGUCACUCGGGCACCGGUCGCUCUACUUCGCUCUGAGUCUGCUGCUCUGGUUCUUCGGCCCGGUCCCGAUGUUCACUUCAUCGGUGACUCUAGUGAUGAUCUUGCAUCACCACGACAAGUACUCAAUUCCUAUAAAGAGACGACCGCUCAGAAAGAAAACUCAGAUUGCGGAUAGAGUGUAAAAGCAACAAGUCUACGUGACAGAUAUAGUCAUGCAUUUACAAUACGUGGUCUCUUUUUACAUGUUUGUUUGAAAAC